GUGACAGUCGUCCAUCUCUCUGACUGACCAGACCAACGUCUUUUCAAACCAGUCGCCCGCAACUAACAGUGGUCGGUCUAAGAUAAUGAAGUAGAUGGGCCUACACUUCUCCAGAUGUCUGAAAGAAUGAGUGAGCGAAUCUUUCCAAAAAUGAAAGACCAAGUGAAGUUCCUGUCUGCUUUAGCGCAGCUGAAAGUCAGUGAAAGCGAAGCCCCUGUGAGUCAGAGAGCCCUAGCAGCCCAACCAAUGAUCAACUGCCAAGUCCGGUUUCCUCCAACAGUCUUCACGGCACUGACCAACAAGGAUGCAGCUCUGUUUGACCAUUUGAGCCAAGACACAAUGUAUCCGUCUCAUAUUCAGUAUGAGCAGCUCUUUAAGUCUGUCCUGCUCAACUUCCCUUUUCUGAAGGAAAGUUAUGGAUCUGGAUAUCAAACAGAUGCAAUGGAUGCUGGGGACGACGAAAGAAGUACGAGCCACCAUAUUGCAACAAUGAAGCAGGCGUGCCAAAAGAUGAGGCCUAACUUGGUCAUCAUUCGCCAAUGCCUCCAGAGAGUACAGAAGACACUAUAUUCAACAACACUCUCCUGCAGAGGUCUUGAAAGAAUUCACCUGCUUCUCUAUUCCAAUCUUGGCCUGUUGGUGAAUGCAGCCAUACUCCUCCUACCAUCGGUCUUCAAAGGAAAUGCAUCACAGCUCUUUGCAAUAGAUAAGGAACCACUAAGCCCGACACCCACAAUUGUCCUGAGCAGCAGCGAUGGCAAGCCCCUGAGUGACGGCACAGAUGUUUUUGUAGCAGUGGAUGGACAAAAAAUGAUGGUGGACAAUGAAGACGCAGACGGUUCAUUGUCCAUGGGUGUUGUGUUGGCCCUCUGUCAUCUGAAAAAAACGUCUUUUGGAGGCUUUUUGGAGGCAUUUAUCCUGAAGCUGGACACACGGGUACCUGUAGCUGUGCAGAGAGAGGCAAAUGCUCUGAACAUUUCUUAGAUAGGACACUGCAGCACAUGGAUUACAUUGUAUAGAGUUGAUUUCUGACAAUAAAGUGAAGUGCAGUACA